AUGGAAAAGGGCGACAAAGCAUUCGUUGUCGGUCUCCAAAACAGACAAGACCUCAACGGAACAACGGUGAACUUGCUCGAGUGGAACCAAGCGACGGGCCGAUGGUCGGCACGAGCUGUGUCGGGUAGGAGAGAAGGGAUCUGUAUCAAACCAAUCAAUCUCAGUGCCGUGCCUCCACUCGACCAGGUAAUGGUGUUGGCGAUCAGUGCGAGCGUCCGCGGCGGCGACAAAAUAAUGUCCCAAUUCACCGAAAUAGGCAUUAUUCCCGGACAAGUGAGCUAUGAGCUUUUCAUGACGUUCACCUCGUUCAUGGUGAAAGCCUAUGGCAAUACAAUGACUGAAGCCAAAGCAACUGAAAUGCUGAUUGAACACAUUGGAAAGUUUGGUGACGCUCGGCUUGUCUGCGGCAAGCUGAAGAAGAUUGCUUCUGAUGCGAACGAUAUGACACGUUUUGGCAUUGUCAUACCCACACUCUCCGCCAUGCUCCGAAUGGACACGGGCAAAGGCUACUUGGAGCUGAUGAUACGUCUCCGAGAAGGCACAAUCGCACACAUCAGAUCCCAGCAGGCACAUCUCCGACGUUUCAAGUCCCAAGUACAAGAAAUUCGAGUUCAAAGCGAUGACCCUUUUCAAGCUGCCAUGAAGCGAAUGUGCGGUAGAGAAGGCAGCAAGUCCAUGUCACGAAAGCACAUUGCAGAAGAGCUGGCGUGGGCGGGGAUGACAGGAGACAUGACCAUUUUCGGUGAAGAAGGUGUAGAAGAGGUGAAGUUUGACAUGAUUCUUCACCGUGCCUAUGUCAAAUGGCUAGUUCAAGAUGUUCUGCCAACGCUGGAUCCCCGCGAUGCCAAAGAUGGAACCCUCGGCAAGUGGCACCAAGUUCUGCAUUGGGAGAGUCAACUAACCGGCUCCGUCUUUGUCACUCGCGAUCGAGUAUUCCUGGACAUAUCCGACGACUUUCGCAUCGACCCCUGGAUAGAUGGGCUGGUUAAAUUCGAUUUGAAAACGCUGGAAUCAAUGCCUGGUGUCGACGCAGACAGACGAAUCUUGCGCUUUUUUCUUUUCUCGGAAGUAGCUUUCAAGGCCACAUUGGUGGCACUAGAUGAGCACAAGAGGCAGCAAAAAUCUUCUGGUUCCGCGAGAGAGCCCGUGACCGGUGCAAGCGCCAAUCCUGUCACUGUGCUCGAAGAAGGGUCCAAAGUUAUUGUGGUAAAUGUCGAAGCCGACGACGACAGAUACAGCGAGCACGUGUUCAAUGGUAUGGAGGGACGAAUUCAAUCUAUCGUCAACGGCGGCGAGAAGUAUGUUGUUGCCUUUUCCAAUCUCGAAAAUGCCCAGGAAAUCAUGGGAGCUCAUCUCGCACGCCCUGCAAAGGUCGAGCGUGAGAAGAUGGAAUGCCGAGUCUGCAAAGAAGACGCAAACUAUCUCUGCGUCCAGUGCAACGUGGCCUGGUACUGUGGCCCAGCAUGCCAAAAGGCUGACUACAAGAGUCACAAGAAGCAUUGCAAGCUCCUUUCACAUGACAACAUGUUUGAUGCAAUGCACUCGAUGACCAGAGAUUCUGAUGAACACGAGAACUAUAGUGGAGGAGAGAGCGAAUCUGAGGAGGACAAUUACAACGACGACAAAGGCGACGACAGCAAUUAAUUGAGCAAUAUAUACACC